GAGACGCGGAUGCACGUGAGGUUCACCAAAAAUUGACAAGCGAGCAAAGAACAAGAACAAGUCACAAGAACAAGUGAAGUGCACUCGGACCUCACGUAUACUUUUACCAAGAAAUAAACCAGAAAAGUGGGUAUACCAUGAGACAGUCAGUCCGCCUAUUGCCUGCUGCUCGCUGUUCAGCAAGAGCCCUACGACUCCACAGCACGCUCCCUGAGCACUCAACCAUCAGUGAUGCCUCUCAGCCACGCAUCAAUGAGCUGGGCAUCCCAAUGCUCUCCCCUCGUCUACACGCCCAGGUGUUUGGACAGGAUCCUGCCCCUGCAGAUCCGGCCAGGGUGCAGGAGGCGGUCGCCCACCUCUCUGAGCAUGGCCUGUGGGGCCGCACAGCUGAUGUGUUUGACGAGCCCCAGAUUGACAUUCCACCCCUGAGCUCGGAGUCGCUGGAGGAGCACUUUCGGCUGGAGGCGGAGCGCCAGGCGGGCCCGUACCGGCGGCUGUUGGAGGCGCUGGUGGCCGGCGAGAUCCCUGCGCCGCCGCCGCCGGCCGGUUGGCGGCUGCAGCCGGGCUGGACGCGGUACCUGCCGGGCGGCUCGGCGGCGCCGGUGGACGCGCCUCCCUGUGACGCGCUCGUGUUUGACGUGGAGGUGGUGGUGCGCCGCCAGCUGCCAGUGCUGGCCACGGCCGUAUCCCCGCACGCCUGGUACGGCUGGGUGAGCCCUUACCUUCUGCACGAGACGCCGCCGAGCGCGGCCUCCUCGGGGCUUUUGCUGCCCCAGCUGAUCCCGCUAGAACCAAGCGGAGCGGUCCCCUCCGCGGACCGGCCGCGUGUCAUCGUCGGCCACAACGUCAGCUACGACCGCUCAUGGGUGCGCGAGCAGUACCGGCUGCGUGCCGACGGCACCCGCUUCGUCGACACCAUGAGCAUGCACAUCGCGGUGGGCGGCAUCACGAGCCAGCAGCGCUCCAUGCUGAUGGGCGCCCGCCGGCCGGCCGACUCCCGUCCGCGCCGCGCGCCGCCCGCCGACCUCGACUGGAUGACGCAGACCAGCAUGAACUCACUAGCGGACGUGUACAAACACUACUGCGGCGAGAAGCUCGACAAGGACGAACGAGACGUGUUCAUCAAGGGGGACGUGCAGGACGUACGCGCGCAGUUCGGUCAGCUGAUGAACUACUGCGCUGGUGACGCGCGCGCCACGUGGCGCGUGCUGCGCCGACUGCUGCCCGACUUUCUCGAGCGGUUCCCGCACCCGGUCACACUGGCGGGGAUGCUGCAUAUGGGACAGGUCUACCUGCCGGUCGGCCCGGCCUGGCAGCGCUACCUGCGCCUCUGCGGGGAGACCUACGACGACCUGGAGAACGAGCUGAGCGCCGCCCUGCGCCGGGUGGCCGACGCCGCGUGCCGGGCCGCGCACCGCCGUCGACACGAGAGUGAUGUGUGGCUCUGGGACCUCGACUGGAGUGUGGCGGAGAUGAAGGUGAAAAAAGUGACCGCUGCUGCCGCUAAGCGGGCUGCCAAGGCCGCUGCGGCUGCAGAGGCGCCUGCUGUGACUAGGAAGGGAAAGAAGGGGAGAAAGAAGGCUGAGGUGGCUGGCCCGCCGCGGCUGCCGGCUGACUGGCAGAAGCCGUGCCGCCGGCUGACUGAAGCCGAGUUCGACAGUGACACGCCGCUGCCGCAGCCGCUGGCCGCGUGGUUCGCGCCGCUCUGGGCUACCGCCGAGCGACUGUACAAGCGGCAGCCGCUGCUGCCCGGCUACCCGAAAUGGUACAGAGAGCUCUGUAACAAGGAUGGCUCGGGUCUGACCGAGCUGACCACCUCGAAGCGAGUGGUGCCCAAACUACUGCGCCUGACCUGGGACGGCCACCCGCUGCACUAUGACCGCCGGUUUGGCUGGGGCUACGUGGUGCCCGGCCGGCCGGAUGACCCGGGUGACCCCUGGGACGGCGGGACGGCCGCGGAGGGUGUGUGUUCGGGCGAUGAGCCGGAGUGGUGGGAUGAAGAUGCUGCCCGGCACGCUGAAAGAACUGAUCACUCCAGUGAGGAGGGUGCGGAGGACGGUUCUGCGUUCCCGCUCCCCUCCCUGCUGGCAGUAUGCGCGGAGCGAGGUGACCGACCACUCUCCGACACGGAAGCCCUGCCAGUCCCGGACGUCAACCUCCGCGGCGCCUCAUUCUACCCCCUACCGCACCGCGACGGGCUGGGAAACAACGUCGGAAACCCGCUCUCCAAACACUUCCUGGCACAGGCCGAGGCGGGGGUGCUGCGCGCGGCUGCCGGAGCCGGCUCCUCGGCCGAGCGUGUGCUGCGAAUCAGUCAGACUAUCUCCUACUGGAGGAACAACCAGGAGAGGAUCCUGUCUCAGCGGGCGGUGCUGGCUUCGGCCGACCAGCAGCCGCCGUCGGUGACAGAGAGCGCAGAGUUCAGCGGCGGGCAGCUGUACGGGGCCAUCCUGCCGCAGGUCAAAGUAGCCGGUACGCUCACCCGCCGCGCGGUGGAGCGUACCUGGCUGACGGCCAGUAACGUCCGCUCUGACCGUCUGGGCUCGGAGCUGCGUGCCAUGGUACAGGCGCCGCCCGGAUAUCACCUGGUGGGAGCCGAUGUAGACUCACAGGAGCUGUGGAUUGCCGCUGUGAUCUCGGAUUCCGCCUUCGCUCGGAUCCACGGCAGCACCGCGUUCAGCUGGAUGACACUCCAGGGUAAGAAGUCGGAGGGCACGGACCUGCACUCUCGCACGGCCGCUCUCGUGGGCGUAUCACGCGACCUGGCUAAGGUCCUCAACUACGGCCGCAUCUACGGCGGAGCACGGCCGUUUGCCGUCCAGCUGGUCCGCCAGCACAGCGGCGGUCUGCCUGCCGGGGAGCUGGAGCGGCGGGUGGCCGAAACGUACCGCUCCACCAAGGGCAGCCGGCGCUGGACGCUGAACGAGCGGGGCCGGGCAGCACUGGGCCGCGUCAGGGAGAUGGCAGAGGAUAUGGAGGACCCGGACCCGCUCCUGUCUGAGCUGCUCGACUGGCCCGAGGAUGAGCCGUGGCCUCCCGCUCAGCUGAUACGUCUGGCGCGUCUCUCUGGCGCCGCCCACCACUGGAAGGACCUGGCCGCCCGGCCCGUCUGGCACGGAGGCACCGAGAGCUUCAUGUUCAACAAGCUGGAGUCCCUGGCCAGUGAGUUACAGCCGGCCACGCCUGUACUGGGAGCCCGCCUCAGUCGCGGCCUCGAGCCGCAGCUGGUGGGCGACAACUUCACACCGUCUCGGGUCAACUGGGUAGUGCAGAGUUCGGCCGUUGACUUCCUCCACCUGAUGACCGUCUGCAUGCAGUGGCUGAUGGAGACGUGCCACAUCGAGGGGCGCUUCUGCAUCAGCAUACACGACGAAGUCAGGUACCUGGUACGCUCCGAGGACCGGUACCGCGCCGCCUUGGCUCUUCACAUCACCAACCUUCUGACCCGCUCGCUGUUCUCGCUGAGACUCGGACUGGACGACCUGCCGCAGUCGGUGGCUUUUUUCAGUGGCGUGGACAUAGACAAAGCGCUGCGGAAGGAUGCGACCAACGAUUGCAGGACUCCGUCGAACCCUCACGGUCUCCACGCUGGCUACGGCGUUCCCCCUGGCGAGGUGCUCGACAUUCACCAGACAGUGGCGCGGGUGGGACCGUCCCCACUGCCGACCGGCCGGUCAGCCGGGGCAGAGUGCAGUGGUAACGCGGGGGAGAGUGGGGGAUAGAGAGAGAGAGAGAGAGAGAGAGAGAGAGAGAGAGAGAGAGAGAGAGAGAGAGAGAGAGAGAGAGAGAGUGAGUGAGUGAGUGAGUGAGUGAGUGAGUGAGUGAGUGAGUGA